AUGGUAUAUCUAUCGUCGUGUGGAGAUAAAUUAGCUGGUGAUUUAUCGAUUGAAAAGUCUUUUUUGUCAUUGGAAGUACUUUGGCGUAAUUCAGUGGUUUGUUAUCAUCAUACAACAGUUGAUACACAAAAUUUAAUAAGAAAAUCUCAUUAUGAUUUUAUUGCAGCUGGUUUUCCAUUUGAAAUAAUUGAUGGCGAUAAUUUUCAUUUUCAACAACAAUUUUUAACAGAGAUUUUGAAUGAAUUUCAUUCUCGACGAAUAUUGGUUAUUAGUAUUAUUGGUCCACAAAACAGUGAUAAAAGUACAUUAUUAAGCUACAUGUUUGGAACAUUGUUUGGUGUUAGAGAAGGACGUUGCACACGAGGGAUUUAUGGUUCAUUAGUCAAAAUAAAUAAAUUGAAUCAAAUGAUUCAGAAUAUUUUUAAAAAAAAUUUACAUGAUGAAAACGCAGACAUUGAUUAUAUUAUGUUAAUCGAUAUUGAAGGUUUAUUAUCGAUUGAAAAGGGUGAUAAAGAAUACGAUCGACGUUUAGUUUUAUUUUGUUUAGCAAUAUCACAUUUAGUCAUCGUCAAUAUGAUGGGUGAUAUUAAUGAAACAUUAAAAGAUAUGUUAACAUUAUGUGCAGAUUCAUUAAAACAAAUUGGUGUUAAUACUACGAAUCAACCUAUCGUUCAUUUCGUUUUGAAUCAAAAAGCUGAUCCAAAUAUAGAAAAUCAUAUGGAAGCUAUUAAAAAAAUAAUCGGAGAUUUAAAAGAAAACAAAUUAGCUGAAGUUAUUGAUAUUAGUUUAAGGACGUUUCAUACGUUGC